CUCGUCAACCCGAAGCCUCCCCGGUUAUCCACCGGCCUCCACCUGACCCCUACCACCACCCGGGACGUCUUCCAUGGCCUCCUCGUAGAAUAGCUCUAUCUCACCCGCAACAAACUCCUCAUUACAUCCUUCAAGAGAGAGCCGCACCACCACCACACUAGAGCAUAGCGCCCCGGCCCGGCCGCCGCCGCCGCGCGCCGCGCGAGAGCUAGCUGCUGCUGAUCGAUUGGUACAGGCACGUGCGUGCGUGCUCGAUCGGGUGGAGCAACAAGCGAGGAGAGACAUGGCGACGACGACGCGCGCUGCCGCCGCCGCCGGCGUCCUGCUGCUGGUGCUGUCGGCGCUGGCCUUGGUGGCGCGGGCCGAGGACCCGUACCUGUUCUUCGAGUGGAAGGUGACGUACGGGACCAAGUCCCUGCUGGGCGUGCCCCAGAAGGUCAUCCUCAUCAACGGCGAGUUCCCCGGACCCAGGAUCAACUGCACCUCCAACAACAACAUCGUCAUCAACGUCUUCAACCAGCUCGACCACCCGCUCCUCUUCACCUGGAACGGGAUGCAGCACCGGAAGAACUCGUGGAUGGACGGGAUGCCAGGGACGCAGUGCCCGAUCUUGCCCAACACCAACUUCAUGUACAAGUGGCAGCCCAAGGACCAGAUCGGCAGCUUCUACUACUUCCCGUCCAUGGGCAUGCAGCGUGCGGUGGGCGGCUACGGCGGCAUCAGCGUGUACAGCCGCCUCCUCAUCCCGGUCCCCUUCGACCAGCCGCCGCCGGAGAACGACCACGUCGUGCUCAUCGGCGACUGGUACACCAAGGACCACGAGGUCCUGGCCCGCCAGCUCGACGCCGGCAAGAGCGUGGGCCGCCCCGCGGGCGUGGUCAUCAACGGCAAGGGCGGCAAGGACCUGGAGUCGGCGCCGCUCUUCACGUUCGACGCCGGCAAGACGUACAGGCUCCGCGUCUGCAACACCGGGAUCAAGGCGUCGCUCAACUUCCGCAUCCAGGGCCACCACAUGACGCUGGUGGAGCUGGAGGGCUCCCACACCCUGCAGGACGUCUACGACUCGCUCGACGUCCACGUCGGCCACUGCCUCUCCGUGCUCGUCACCGCCGACCAGAAGCCCGGCGACUACUACAUGGUGGCGUCCACGCGGUUCAUCCACGACGCCAAGUCCGCCAGGGCCGUCGUCCGCUACGCCGGCUCCAGCGCGCCGCCGCCGGCCGAGAUGCCCGAGCCGCCGGCGGGCUGGGCGUGGUCCAUCAACCAGGCGAGGUCGAUCCGGUGGAACCUGACGUCCAGCGCGGCGCGGCCCAACCCGCAGGGCUCCUACCACUACGGCCAGAUCAACAUCACACGCACCAUCAGGGUCAUGGUCUCCAGGGGCCACAUCGACGGCAAGCUCCGGUACGGCUUCAAUGGCGUCUCCCACAGGGACCCCGAGACCCCCGUGAAGCUCGCCGAGUACUUCAACGUCACCGACGGGGUGUUCAGCUACAACCAGAUGGGCGACGUGCCCCCCGCCGUGAACGGACCCCUCCAUGUCGUCCCCAAUGUCAUCACCGCCGAGUUCCGCACCUUCAUCGAGAUCGUCUUCGAGAACCCCGAGAAGAGCUUGGACUCCAUCCACCUCGACGGCUACGCCUUCUUCGGCGUCGGGAUGGGGCCUGGGCAGUGGUCGCCGGAGGCGAGGGUGACGUACAACCUGCUGGACGCGGUGAGCCGGCACACGAUCCAGGUGUACCCGAGGUCAUGGACGGCGAUUAUGCUGACGUUCGACAACGCGGGCAUGUGGAGCGUCCGGUCCAACAUCUGGGAGCGCUACUACCUCGGGGAGCAGUUCUACAUCAGCGUCAUCUCGCCGGAGCACUCGCUGCGCGACGAGUACAACAUGCCGGACAACGACCUCCGCUGCGGCAAGGUCGUGGGGCUGCCGCUGCCGCCGUCCUACUCCGCCGCGCGCUAAAAUGACCAAGCAGGCCCCCGGCCCCUCGUGUUCGGAUUCCUGUGUGUUGCUCCUGAGGAAUUUCUUUUGCUUUGGCGAAAAUAAUUAAGUAGCCGGGCCGCGCGUGCGCCCCUCAGCUCAAACUCAAACUCAAAAGAACAAAGACGAAAGAAGCGUAGGGAGGGGAAGGGGAACAAGGAACGUCGGCUGGGGUCAGCCGGAUGGGAACGAACGCAUGAAUAUAUCAUAUAUGUAACCUUGAUGAGAUGCCCUCUGAAAUCAUUGUAAUGGGGUUCUCAGAAAAAAAAAAUCAUUGUAAUGGGAGUUAUAUAUGACUUUACCUCACCAUUUAUAUCUACA